AUGAAUAGAUUGGAGGAAUUGUCAUUUCGUAUAUUUCCCUCUGAUCCAGCAAUCGGUCAAAUUGGAUCCUUGCAGUAUAAUGUGUGGCUAGCACAGUUAUUUGGCGUUCCUAUUGUGGGCUUGAAAGCGGAGUCACCUCCAAUGAGGGCCGCACUUGUAGUGUAUGGAUUCCUAGCUACUUUAGUGGUGACAUUCCUUUACACGGGGUUCGAGAUAUACGAUCUGAUUUUAUGCUGGCCCAAUCUGGAUAGCCUUACGCAAAAUAUCUGUUUGUCAUUGACCCACGUGGCUGGAGCAAUAAAGGUUGUUAAUAUUAUUUAUCGCCUCGACGAUAUCGCAAUUGUGGUGCGAAAGAUAGAGUAUGCGGCAAAGACUUAUGUAAUUUCGAAGAAUCAGUUAAAGGCAUUUCUUCGUGAUGAAUUUAAGAACAAGAUCCCAUUAACAAUUUAUGCCUCGCUGGUCGGGUUUACUGCUGUUUUAGGCAUUAUCUAUUUGUUUUACAAUCCUAAAGAAGUAGCUGGCCGAAUAUUUCCAUAUCGUGUCAAAUUGCCUGAUUGGAUGCCAUUUGGUAUGCAACUGGUCUAUAUGGGCCUCAGUGUGCUGGUUGUUGCACUGCAAAUCGUCGCAGUCGACUAUCUGAAUGUUACUAUGAUUAAUCAGAUUCGAUGCCAGCUGAAUAUACUGAAUUUGGCUUUCGAUGAGUUCAAGCUGGGAUUUGAAGCAGAAGAGGGAACUAUGGACUCUAGGGAAAUCAAUCCUGAAAAUAAGUUACGAGCUAUAAUUGAGCAUCACUGCCUGCUAAUUGAGUUGCGAAAUGAGGUUGAAGAUAUUUUUCGAAUGCCACUUCUCAUACAAUUUUUCACGUCACUCGUGAUAUUCGCCAUGACGGGAUUUCAAGCCAAUGUCAAGGCGGAAGAUCCAGACGGCGCUUCUCUCAUCUACUGUUAUUGUGGCUGUAUAUUUUGUGAGCUAUUUUUUUACUGUUGGUUUGGCAAUGAAGUUUCAGAACAGAGCAAGACAUUGGCCACAAGCGGCUAUGGUUCGCCUUGGUAUGAGUUCGACCAGCGUUUCAAAAACUCGCUCUUGCUUUUUCUUUCUCAGUCGCAAGAACCUUUCGUAUUCACGGCCGGCGGUUUCAUGUCCCUUUCCUUGCCCAGUUUUUCGGGAAUUUUAAGCAAGUCGUAUAGCUUUAUUGCAUUUUUGCGACAGGUAUAUGGACGCUAA